AUGCAUGAGAUGGGUGACAGGUCUUCUCGGGUACCACAUUAUAACCACAUUAUCCAGGGACACAUCCACAAUGGCCACUGCAGCUUCUCAGCGGCCUUGUCCGUUAGCAGACUCAGCCAAAGCAAAGAGCUGAACCUGUCGCACCUGAAUGUUUCUUCCACGCUCAUUUUGCCCUUCCUUGGCGACUACGCGAUCUCCACCGUCCCCAUUGCUGAAUCAAGUAAAACCCAGCGUCUCCGACCGUCGACGGUCCCAUCAGUACCAAUCAUAUCCAGACUCUGGCAACCUCUGAUCCCGCGAGCGUUGUCCGACUACGCAGAAGCCAUCGAACAAAAUAAGACAGGCAAAUUCGAUGCCGUAAUGCGAUUUACACAUUCGAGGCAGUUCCAAACCUUCGUGUGCUCUCUGUGAUAUCACUCUGAUCGCACUGGAUUGCGUACGCGCUUUGGCCCGCACGCGAAAUCUGGUUUUUCUUUUGGGUUUCCGAGAUCUGCUAGUCGCUCGGUAGGGAUGCUGGUUUACAAAGUAGCUGAGGUCUCAUGGGCCAGCAACUUAUCAAGGUUUGGACACCAGAGCUUCCGCUCAUCCGUCGGUAUACACACUGAUUUCAGAAACAUAUUUCGAAGCGAAACAGCAACGACCCGGAUGGAGCCCUUUUGUGGCAGAGAUGAAAAGAUUGAUUAGAUGAAAAUAGGUGGGUAUCGUGCGUUAUCUCCGAUGAAUCACGACUCUUCAGUGGCCAUGGUCUCCUUGUCCCGGUGUCCACCGUCCCACCCAUCCCCGAAAGGAUGAGGGAAUAUUCAGGACCUUGGGCUGCAGGUUGGAGUCCGAUGUGGAUGCAGCUUCAACCCAGAUUGGACACUAUGAUAGAACUGGCGAUGGUAACUUACUUUAG